UCCUCGAACACCCUUAUAGCCCUUCCCCCCUUUUCCUCCGCUCCGAGAAGAGAGAGAGAGAGAGAGAGAGAGAGAGAGAGCGCACGAGAGAGAUCCAUCCAUGGAGUUUCACGGUGGUGGCGGAGGGGUCGGCGGCGGGGGAGGAGGAGGGAGUAGGGCGGAGGCGGAGAGGUGGCUGGAGAUCGCGGGGAAGCUGCUCUUCGCGAGGGAUCUCGUGGGGAGCAAGAGGUUCGCGGAGCGGGCGCUCGAGUCCGACCCCCUCGUCGACGGCGCCGACCAGAUCCUCGCCGUCGCCGACGUGCUCCUCGCCUCGCAGAGCCGCGUCGGCUCCGGCCGCGUCGACUGGUACGCCGUCCUCGGCCUCCCCUCCGGCGCCGGCGCCGGCGCCGAUCCCGUCGCCGUCAAGCGCCACUACCGCCGCCUCGCGCUCCUCCUCCACCCCGACCGCAACAAGUACCCCGGCGCCGACGCCGCGCUCCGCCUCGUCGUCGACGCCUUCGCCUUCCUCUCCGACCCCUCCAAGAAGGCCCUUUUCGACGCCGAGCUCCACCUCGACUCCUCCCCCACCCCCGCGCCUUCGAAACCCUCCCCCUCCAAACCCUCCCCUUCCCCCGCCCCCGCCCCCGCCCCCGCUUCCGAAGGAAGCGCCUUUUGGACCGCUUGCCCCUCCUGCUGCCACGUGCACCAGUACAACCGAACCUACCAGAACCGCUCCCUCCGAUGCCCUAAUUGCCACCGCCCGUUCCACGCUGCCGAGAUCGCCGUCCCUCCCCCGAUCGUCCCCGGGACCAACAUGUACUACUGCGCCUGGGGCUUCUUCCCGCUAGGGUUCCCCACCGCCGCCGAUCUCACCAGCGGGUGGAAGCCCUUCUACCCGAUGUUCCCCGGCGAUCAGAAGCAGGACGGCUCGGCGCGGCCCGCAUACGGCCCUGCCGGAACCCCAGAUAAGGGGAAGGCGGUCGGGGCCGGUGUCGGGAGCCAGAAUUCGACCCCGUCCAUGAGAAAUAAGAAGACCAUGGCGAGGAAGAAGGUCGGCGUAGGCCCAAAAAGGAGAUCUUUUGGAGGAGGUAGUGAAGUGCCGCCGCCGCCUGUCGCGGAGGCUGCUAAUAUUAACGAGUUUAGGGGGAUUAAUAUCAAUGAGGAGGUGAAGGAUCCGGAUGUUGGAUCGCAUGUUAGAGGAGUCGAUGAGGAUAUGAAUAUGAUGAGCUUCCAUAUAGAUGUGGAUGCUACUGAGGAGAUUUUGGGUAACCUGCAUCACCUUCCAUUCUUGAGGGAAGAAGAGGUUCAUGUGCGAAUGCCCAAGUAUUAGGCAUGUCGAAGAGGAAGGAAAAGUUUUCGGCCAAAAACUUAGCCGCCGAAGCUGUAAUGUUGUAUGCUUGAUGGGGUCAGGAACUGAUGGAAAGAACGCCCGACCCUCAAUUAUGUUUAGGAUGUAUAAUUCGUGACAGUUGUUUUAUGUUGUCUGUAUUUUCAUUGGAUUAGGGUAGUUUAAGGAUUGAUUGCUGAUCUUUAUUUGGCCUGCCAAUGUUUUAUGAGUUUGAAUGUCUAGGAAUAAUGUUUUUAUACUCCGACGAAAGUUGGGCAGGUGGUGGGUUGUCCAUGGAGGAAACUUUUUGCCGCAAUCAAUCUUUCCUCGGAACGGAAUCUCCUUGUUGGAAAGUUGUGAGUUUUAACUUCUCUUCUUCAACAAGUUCUUUGCUUAUUUAUUUUGUUCUAGUUACUUCAGGAAAUUAUUAAUGUGGCAUAGAUUUUGGUU